AUGAGUAAAUUCACACUAGGCACAGGUAGGGUUGCUGUUCGACCGCAUCUGCAACGAUGCGCUAGGCCAAAGGUUCAGGAGAAAGCACGGUGGACGUUAACGCACGCACAACACCCAACACAACGACACAAUAUACUGCCAGUUAAUGGAUACGCUACCACAGGAGAGACAGGCACCGCUUGCUCGCUCGAAGUUCCCGCGACCCCUCAAUGCACUGGGCCCAUCGUCGCGCGCGGCUCCUCGAACCUGUACACACCCUCUUCAUCUUCCGCUGCGCCACGCAGAGACUUCAUCCCCAUGGAACGCGCUAACUACCAUGACGCUUGA